UAUCUAGCAUCCCACAAAAGAUCUCCAGCAUUCCACAGUGUGCCCAGCAAUACUACUCUAACAUUCAGAACCGUCUAAACAAACUUAAGCCAGAGCAGGAUGCACAAGCAACAACUGCCGAAGACUAGGGAUCUGGAACUGGACCGUCUAGUCCGCCAGUCCCCUCUCCACUCUCCCCGUACCCCCUCGCCCUCCUCCCCAAGCUCCGUCCUAGACCUGCCUAAUGUGCCCUCUUACCCCCGUCUGCCACCCAUCACCCCCUCCAGGCGGUUGUCAGGUGUAGCCAAUCCUGCCUUCCACAUUGAAGAUGACCCUACCUCCGCUAGACCCUCAGUGAGCUCCAGACUGAGUGUACACCCAGCUGUGAAUGUGGAAGAUGUUGAUUCCGAUGGAUUCCGAGGAAGGAGAUCCCACCCUAUACCCCCAAUCAUCAACCCUCAGGACCCCAACCUCAAAACUCUCACUGUGCCUGGUGUCCCUAAAGCCAACCGAACCAGCAAGAGACUUUACUCUCAAGAUGACGAGGAAGAGGAGGAGAUAGAAACCACAGUCAGGGCAUGGCCAAGCCAGAGCAGCAUCACGAGUGUAGAUGACGGGCUUUAUCAACGGCCUGCCUCUUCAGCCAGCCAGACGAGUACUGUAGUAAACGAGAGGUUACAGGAGCUCGUCAAGCUGUUCAAAGAGAGAACAGAGCGUGUCAAGGAGAAACUGAUUGAUCCAGAUAACUCAGACGAUGAGACACCGCCUGCCUCCCCAGCUAAGCAAGCUCCAGCACCUCCUCCUGAUCCUGCAGCAGAGCAGAAUGUACCUGAGGCCCCUGCUGAGAAAGAAGAGGAGAGUACUAAAUUUCUGUGCUGUAAGGUGAAACCUCAGUCCAGGAUCGGUCGGCUUCUGCGAUACCGUUUCCCAGCGAGCAUCGACCCCUUCACUAACCUGAUCUACGUACUUUGGCUGUUUUGCGUGUCUUUGGCAUUUAACUGGAAUGCAUGGAUGAUUCCUGUGCGUUGGGCAUUUCCUUAUCAAAUGCCGGACAACAUUCAUGUGUGGCUGUUGAUAGACUACCUAUGUGACACUAUCUACAUUCUGGACAUCUUGGCAUUCCAACCCCGACUGCAGUUUGUGCAACAUGGGGACAUUGUAAGUGGCAAGAAGGAGAUGAGAGAUAAUUACUUCAAAGCUAUACGAUUCAAGCUGGACGUGGUCAGUCUGCUUCCUCUAGAGCUGCUCUACUUCAAAACGGGGAUUAAUCCACUUCUGCGCUUACCAAGGAUACUAAAGUUCAUGUCUUUCUUGGAGUUCAACAAACGUCUGGAAGCCAUCCUGACCAAUGCUUACGUUUACAGAGUGGUUCGAACCACCACCUACCUGCUGUAUGCUGUCCACUGCAAUGCCUGUCUCUAUUAUUGGGGCUCAUCAUUCGAGGGUCUGGGUUUCUCAGAUUGGGCCUAUGAUGGGACGGGCAAUAGUUAUAUUCGCUGCUACUACUUUGCUGUGAAGACUCUGCUGACCAUCGGUGGCCUGCCAGGACCCACAACUCUCUUUGAGAUUGUUUUUCAGCUCAUCAAUUACUUUAUUGGAGUGUUUGUGUUUUCCAUCAUGAUUGGUCAGAUGCGAGAUGUUGUGGGUGCAGCCACAGCGGCUCAGACGAACUAUCGUGCCUGUGUGGAUAACACAGUGAAGUACAUGGCCUCCUACCGCAUCCCAAAGGAUGUGCAGAACAGAGUGAAAACCUGGUACAGCUACACAUGGCAGUCGCAAGGCAUGUUGGAUGAACAGGAGUUGCUAGUUCAACUACCCGACAAGAUGAGGCUUGACAUUGCAGUGGAUGUCAACUAUUCCAUUAUCAGUAAAGUGCCACUCUUCCAAGGUUGUGAUAGACAGAUGAUUUUUGACAUGCUGAAGAGGCUCCGAUCUGUGGUGUAUCUUCCAGGAGACUAUGUCUGCAAAAAGGAUGAAGUGGGCCGUGAGAUGUACAUCAUAAAGGCAGGGGAAGUCCAGGUAGUUGGUGGCCCAGAUGGGAAAACAGUAUUUGUGACCCUGAAAGCUGGAGCAGUGUUUGGAGAGGUCAGCUUGCUUGCCGUGGGAGGAGGGAACAGACGGACAGCCAAUGUCAUAGCACGUGGCUUUGCUAACCUCUUUAUUUUGACUAAAAAGGACCUGAAUGAGAUCCUGGUGCACUAUCCAGAGUCUCAAAAACUGCUCCGCAAGAAAGCAAAGAAAAUGGUGAAAAAGCCAGCUGAGAAGAAAAAGGAAGAGAAAGAACCCGUCCAGAUUAUUCCUCCUCGUGCCGAGACACCCAAACUGUUAAAAGCAGCGCUGGAAAUGUCUGAGAAAUCAGGGAUAAAAGGAACAUGGUCCAAACUGAAGGAGAAGAACAACAGAUCCAGUAUCUCCUUGCAGCGCUCCAUCUCUUCUUCUGUGGCGCCCAGCUCACCAGUCCAUGAACCGCACACAGAGCAAGACGCAGACACUCUGUCUCAGAUAUCAGACAGCUCAAUGCAAAUUCCCACAACCCCCACCGGCACUACAGAUGGAAAUAUGUUUCCUGAAGACGGUCCAGGAGAGGAGGAAGCAAAAUAACAAAGAACUCUUUGGACAGCUGAGAGAGCAUUAAAUUGGUCACGCAAGACACAGCUGUGCUCUGUGUUUUGGAUCUAAAAUGGGUCAUAGUCUCUGAAAUGGACAAAACUUUCACUCCAUCUAUAUAAUCUACAUAAAAAAAAAUUAAAAAUACAUUUCAAUAGAAUAAAGCAAUAUCACAUGAGCAAGUACACAACAGCAUAAUUUUUCUGCAAACAAGAAGUUAAUAUUACAUUUUAGACACAAAGUGGCCAAUUAUUUUGUCUAAUUUUGCUCUGCUAACAAUAAUAUUUCCAAACAAAACCAAAGCAAGAUCAACUGUUGUAUGUCGCAGAGUGACACACAGACUAACCUUGGUCUGGAACGCAGCGAACAUAGACAAGCAAAGUGAUACAAAUAGUUAAGCAUCCCAAGUGCUGUUAUUAUAGAUAUCAGCACUCUUGGAACACCGCUUGUCCAAUCUGAUUAGAGGACCGGAACUUACUUUAGUAUAAUAUAGUAAUACGCAGAAUAUGAGGCAAAUGAGGCCUACUUGGGGUUUAUAGUUUUAAUAUUAGUUCUAAAAUACAAUUCUUCCUUAUGUGCUCCUGCUAUCCUAAACCAAGAGACAAGUGCCUUAAUAAACCCUGAACACUGUUUAGCACCGUAUAUAAACUUAAAAUCCUGUACUGUCAGAGUCCAGGUUUUGUGGUUGAGCACUCCUCAUUUGUUGGCUGCCAACUUGCAAUUUUGUAGCAUUUCUGGAACAGAGUGUGAUGUAACUUUGGCUAUGUGUCAUUUAUUUUGAAUAUUCAUAACUGGUAUUUGCUUAAAAGACAUGGUUUAUGGGGUACCUUUCCCUGGGUUACUUCUCCCGGCCACAAUACGCAAAUGCUGGAUUAAUUAGUGUGUUGAAGUUGUGCAGAUUUCACUGUGAAAGUUUGCUGUUAUUCAAACUAUGAAUGAAAAUUUAGCAGAAGUGAUAUGUGUGUGAUGUAUAAUGGUUCGUACACUGCUUAACCAAAAUGUAUUAGUCAUGUUGGCAAGCUUCUCUGUGUGUUGCCUUUGAGACAAAGGGUGAAAAAGUGUGAAAUGUAAUAAGUUUUCCUCUGUUCAUGAUAUACAGAUGUAGGCAAAAAGUGGUUGACAAAAUAUAAAAAUAAAAUAAAAUGGUUAACAGUUUUUCAGUACAAAGAACAGAUGGAUUGAAGGUUUGGAAAUGAUAUAUGUGUCCAAAAAUGUUUUUAUAAACCUUCUCUGAUUAAUUGUUUUCAUUUUUUUCUUGAUUUUGCCCCGAAAUGAAAGCUUCCUUGAAGUUAGUGUAUUUGCGAAAUAUACAGCAAUCAUUGAGAAGUUAUAUUGUUCUAUUUGUUCUGCCAUCAUGCUAAAUAAUCACUAAAGUAGAACAUAUACUUUGGAGCUGGCAGCUAGACAUGAUUUACAAGCUGUUUUGGAGUAAUAUUGACUUGUCAUGUGCAAGUAUUGUUAAUUACUUUUGAUGUUUGCUUUUAUAGAGUAUUGCUUAUUACAUUACCUAUAUUAUGUUGCUGUUGUAGAAUGUUUAGUACAGUGUGUUUUAGUACAUUUUGAGCAGCUAAAAUGUUUUAUGGCCUGAGUAACCACUCCACACUCAAAAAAAUAUUUUCAAUAUUUUAGCCUAUUGUUUUUUUGAUUUACACAUUUCAAUUUCAUAAUAAAAUGCAAUCAGAUUGAAUUGUUUAAUGUUUAACUGAAUUAAAUUAAUAAAACAUAUUUAAAAUAUUUAGGUUUUAAAAGAUUACUCUGUUCAAUUUUAAUGAAUUUUGUUAUUAAAUUGAAAUGUGUAAAUCUUAAAAUAUAUUUUUUUAAUAGUUCCUCACUUGUAAAUAAUUGUAUUUAAAAUAAUUGUAAAUAAUAGUUAUGUUGAGGAUAAACUAUAAUAUACAUAAGGUACAUAGUACUGCUGGACUAACAUAGCUUGCAUAAAGUGUUAUGAAGUAAAUUGUUCCGCUUCUGCCCAAUAAUUGUGUCUGCAUUUUUACAGCUUGCUUUUCAUCUGUUAAAAAUCCGAUUUUAUUCUGAAUUAAA